UGCUUUCUAUCUAAUCCAAAAUAAAUAAAAUUUAAAAUAUUUUGUUAUAUACUUAUAAACUAUUAAAUUUAAAAAAAAUUAAGAGAAAAAUAAAGAAAUAAUAGAGAUGAAAGGAAUUAUUUAGGUGAAUAAAUAAUUUUUAAAUUUAUGGAGUGUGGUAGUUCUUCUGGUUGGUGAUUGAUUGUUCUUUAUUGUUCCAUUAAUCUUUUUUAUUUUCUUUUUGAAAAGGGAAAAACCCUAAGCCUAAAGGUUGGUUUAUUAUUUGCCCUAAGCUUUUGGAUCUUGCCUCGAUUCGAGUUAACUUCUCGAUCUAUUGUGUUGACUCAAUGUCCAACAUCGAGUGAAUCGCUCAGAAGUUGAAAUGCGGAGGAAUUUUUUUUGGGUACUUUGUUUUUUGGUUGAUUGCAUCUUUCAAUGUUAAUCUGCGAAAAUGUCGGCUUCGUUAGCGGCAUUCGAGCGGCCCAGAGGGGGAGCCUCAAACACGGUUUUCAAGAGUGGCCCUCUUUUCAUAUCCUCAAAAGGGAUCGGUUGGAAGUCUUGGAAGAAGAGAUGGUUUAUCCUUACACGCACUUCCCUGGUGUUCUUCAAAAGUGAUCCUAGUGCCCUACCACAAAGAGGUGGUGAAGUUAAUUUGACUUUGGGGGGUAUUGACUUGAACAAUUCUGGAAGUGUUGUUGUUAGAGAAGAUAAAAAGUUGCUGACUGUGUUGUUUCCUGAUGGGCGUGAUGGACGGGCUUUCACUCUUAAGGCAGAGACAUCAGAGGAUUUGUAUGAGUGGAAGACAGCUCUAGAACAUGCCCUCACACAAGCACCAAGUGCUGCACUUGUCAUGGGACACAAUGGGAUUUUCCGAAGUGACACAACUGAUACAAUUGAAGGGUCAUUCCAUCAAUGGAGAGACAAACGCACUGCUAAAUCGUUGGUUGUUGGAAGACCAAUUUUGCUUGCGCUUGAAGAUAUUGAUGGGAGCCCAUCAUUCCUAGAGAAAGCUCUGCGAUUUCUUGAGAAGUUUGGAACUAAAGUUGAGGGAAUUCUGCGUCAGUCUGCAGAUGUUGAGGAGGUUGAUCGCAGAGUUCAAGAAUAUGAACAGGGCAAGACUGAAUUUGGUUCUGAUGAGGAUGCUCAUGUUGUGGGAGACUGUGUAAAGCAUGUUCUAAGGGAGCUACCCUCAUCCCCAGUUCCUGCAUCCUGCUGUACUGCAUUGUUGGAGGCUUACAAAAUUGAUCGGAAGGAAGCUCGGAUAAGUGCAAUGUGCUCUGCGAUAUUUGAGACAUUUCCUGAACCAAACCGUCGCCUGUUACAAAGGAUUCUGAAGAUGAUGCAUACAAUCUCAUCCCAUUCUAAUGAGAAUCGAAUGACUCCAUCUGCUGUAGCUGCUUGCAUGGCCCCCUUGCUUUUACGCCCUUUAUUAGCUGGUGAAUGUGAGUUGGAGGAUGACUUUGAUGCUACUGGUGAUAAUUCUGCGCAGCUUCUUGCUGCUGCAAAUGCUGCUAAUAAUGCUCAAGCCAUCAUUGCAACCCUUUUGGAGGAGUAUGAGAAUAUUUUUGAUGAUGAAAAUCUACAAAGAUGUUCUAUAUCAGCUGAUUCUCGGGUUGAAAAUAGUGGUAGUGAAGAUUCGAGUGAUGAUGAAAAUCCAGAUAUGAAAGACAAUGGCUACCAUGAUGCAGAAAAUGAAGCCAGUCCGGACACAGAUGAAGAUCCUUCACGUGUUCUCAGUGGGAAAUUAAGUGAAAGCAGUGGUUAUGCGGGCAGUGAUCUCUAUGACUGCAAGGCAUUUGGGGAUGAUGGUUCAGAUGUUGUGUCCCCUAGAAACAAUAAUACUCAGGCUGAGAGUUCAAGCUUAUCUGCAGACCCAUUGCAGAUGAGAGAUCCUGACCCUCAACUGGAGGAACAUGGCAGGCAAGAUAAAGGAAAUGAAAAUCCAAUCAAUGAGAUAGAUGUUCCAAGUGUGUUACCUACUGGUGAAUCUUACCGAUCAAUGGGUGAGAUUCUGUCUUCAAUGCAUCCUGGCCAUCCUGUAUCGGUGCCUGGACUUGAAUCUUCUACUGAGAAGCCAGUUGGUAAAGCUAGAGGCUCCAGUAUUAAUUCAAAGAGAUCUACAUUUUGGGGAAGAAACAAUGCCAGAAAGACACCAUCAAUGGAAUCUGUUGAUUCUUCUGGUGAAGAAGAGCUUGCUAUACAGAGGCUUGAAAUCACUAAGAAUGACCUACAACAUCGUAUUGCAAAAGAGGCUAGAGGAAAUGCAAUCUUACAAGCUAGCUUGGAAAGAAGAAAACAAGCGUUGCAUGAACGUCGCUUGGCACUUGAGCAAGAUGUCUGUAGAUUGCAAGAGCAGCUACAAGCUGAAAGGGAUCUUAGAGCUGCCCUUGAAGUUGGAUUGAGCAUGUCAGCAGGACAAUUUCCUAGUUCCCGUGGAAUAGAUUCCAAGACGAGGGCUGAGCUUGAGGAGAUUGCUCUUGCCGAAGCUGAUGUGGCUAGAUUGAAGCAGAAAGUUGCAGAACUCCACCAGCAGCUGAAUCAGCAACGGCAGCAUCAUUAUGGUUCCAUAUCUGAUGCAUGUGACCAUUACCGACAUGUCCAAAAUCAUAAUUCUCAACAGAGAUUUCUUCAGCAAGAUUUUGAUACAACCCUUGCUUUUGUUAAUCAUGAAAGGAAACAAAGAACAGAGGAGAGUUUGCUAGGGCCAGACUGGAGGAAUGUAAAAGGACAGGAAUUGGCAGUUGGAAACAGCAGCAAGCAGCCUACACGAAAGCAAUUUAUGGAGUCGACAAGCUUGAGUGACUCAAAAAGUGCUGAGCUGUCCGUAAAUAUGUCUAUGGAUGAGGUUACUUCUGCCUCUAUCCCAUCCACUUCAAGAGCAGCAGAGGUGAUUGAUUAUACAAGACAUCCGUCAGCAGCUUCAUCAGCUCUGGUAGAAUUAACAACCCGUCUCGACUUUUUCAAGGAAAGGCGUUCCCAACUGAUAGAACAGCUUCACAACCUUGAUCUGAACUAUGGAACAUCCUCUCAGGAGUUUUUAUACAAACCAUCAUCAUCACCCCCUUGGAACUAACUGGUGAAUCUGGAGGAGCAACGUUGUCUCGUGUUGUUGUACAUCCUAAUUUGUUGCAUGUAAUCUCAUUUCUUAUCUUUUACUCGUUUUUUCACUUUGGUUUGUGAAGGUGAUCGGAGUUGUAAUCAGAAUGUUUUAAUUUUUUUAUGGGACAUUGAAAAGAAAACCAGUAACAUUGUGGAUAGCAUAUGGAGCUUAGGAGGUAUGCAUGUAUGUAUGUAUCUGAACGAAUAUCUUUGAAGAUAAAACGUUUUUCCCA